UUUUCAUUUUAUUUACAUAUGUUACUUCUUUUGAUUUGAAAUUAUUUUGUUAUUAUAACCCAUGUCCUUUUACCAUGAAUAGUUUAUCUUUGAGAAUAGUAAGAGGUGGUACGAAGAAAUCCAAAAAUUCGUUUGGAUUUUCUUUAAUACAAAUUCCAAUAUUUGAGGUUACAGGUAGUCAUGUAGAGUUAUAUGAAUCCUUUAAUAAUUCAAAUAGUCCUGAUGAGCAAUUGAUAAUAUUAAAAAAAAGUUUAGAGGAGAGUAAAAAUAAAACAGACUCUGUCAUAUUUGAAUUCCUUGUUGUUGUAUUUCUUCAGGCUGAAGCUAAACAUCCAAUAAAAUGUUUUAUAACAAGACAUAUCACCAAAAACACAUCUCUACAGCAACCUUUCUCGGAUGUACUGGCCUGCCAUAUAGCUCAGUAUAUAUCAAAUAAACCCAAGUCAUACAUAGAGUAUGUAGAUGUUGUAAUGAAAGUAGCCACAUGUAUAGAAAAUUUUCCAGCUGGAUCAGAUGCUAUCAGAGCUGUGGAAGUUAGCUUAACAGAGUACUUGGUGACUUGCUUAGAAUGCUGUAUUAUGACAUUAAGGAACCAACAAACAUUAUCACCAACUGAAAAGAAUGAAAUAUUUGACUUAGCUCAUUUAGCAAUAAGAUUACUUUUAUAUAUUGUACAAAAAGCCAAUACAAAUAAUUUAGAGAAAAUAAUAGCUAUGUUUAUUGCAAUAAGGUUGUAUAUUAAAAAGUUAAUGUUUGAUAAUGAUGUUCCUAUGGACACAAAGUCGGUGGCAGGGAUACUAUUCUUACACAUGCAUGUUACAGAGAAAGGACCUGAUUCAUGGAUCAAUUUAUUUGUAUCUCAAGAUGAUGAUCUUUACACUUUGUUAAGAAAUGAGACAGCACAGUUAGCACUAUAUUCUGCUAUACCGACAGUGGUAGCGACGGACAGAUUACAGUCACAAAGUGUCGCAGGCAAGUCAGUUGUUAUUGUGUUGACUCAAAAGAUUGUGGCUAUUGGGGAAAGGAAUCCGUCUGAGUCCACAUUGACGCUAGGUGUAACACGAACAAUUUUACAAAUCAGUAAGACUCUAGAGCGAGUCAGUGACGUCAAUAUCUGCUUAGAGUUAGUAACUGCUCUGUUGGAGUUUGUGUGGCCGCAUCUAGACCACCAUAUGGAUAGCGUUCGGCAUCUGACUGCGCAGGCGCUGGCGAAUGUCGUUAGAUAUUGCACUAAACUACAAAAUCAAGGUAAUAGUAAACCUUUAGACUGGGUUUACACCGCUUUGUCGUCGCUAGACAAGAGUCGCAAGAGUUACUACGUGAGCGUGACGUCACUGGUCAACUCGCUGGGCGCUAGAAACGUUAUAGCGCGGUUCCCCGAGAUCAUAUGUGACCUCGUCGCUGCAUUGCACGUACAACCGGUUCAAGCUAGUGCAACAACAGCUCUCGAAACGUUACUACAAAAUCACGCACCACAAGCUAGCACACAGUCCAUUUAUGAGCAGUGGAUAUUACCUAUACUGUCUCAUGUAGCCAACAGUACUCCGGACUCAACUAUACUCAACAUUCUCGAGAACAUACUGGCUAAGGCUUUGUCAAUCGAUGAGAAUCUCAUUAGUUACAUUUUGCCUCAUAUUAAACAAUCAUGCGACUCGCCUCAUAAGGAUAUAAAAUGUGUGCUUAUGCUGGCAAGCGUAGCGCAAAGAUCAAAUCUCUACAUUCUGCGGACGGAAGAAGACGGCGACGAAGACAAGGAAUGGAGAGGACUCAUCCGGUAUAAUGUACUCGAGGCAGCUGCCGUGGAUGCCGUUGAAGAGACGCGAGUAUUGGCGCUAGCGCUGGCGGUGCAAGCGCGCCGGCCGUCGUCGCCACUGACGGCACAAGAGCUUCGCCUCGUGCUGCUACACUUGCGGUAUGAUGCUGCACCCAAUCCACACACACGUCAGCUCAUACUCGCUCUUCUCGGGAAGUUUAUAAAACGUUUAGAAGACAGCUUCAUGGUACUAAAGAGACAAAAGGACUCACCAAACGCUAGCCACAAGAUUAAAUAUUACUUGGAGUUCAUCGAGGCGUUUAGACACCAGUGUUUUUCUAGUUUGAUACAAGGUGCCAAUUACAGUCGACGAUGCAUGGCUUUACAAUUACUUAGUUGGUGCGAGAAUGCACAUUUUGAAGGCUAUGAAAGAACGUGGACUGAGGAAUAUGUUGAAAAGUUAUUACUGCACCUGGAAGACAGUUAUGAGAACAAUAAAGCUCUCGCUUUGGACAUACUCGACAAAUGCCCCAUACAACUGUUACAACUCAAGACAUACAGUAUCAGUCUGGAAGUAGACGACAUUCUGACACAAGCGUCAUACAUGAAGCCAACCGAAUGUGUGUCAGCCGCGUACAAACUUGAUUUGUUAGUGAGAAGGCUGCCCCAGCGCAUUUUACAAGGGAAUUCUUGUUCCACUCCGGAGCCGGUGAUUUACGUCCUAGUAGAGCGAAUGUUGCACGAUCUGCGCGGACAACUGCAGUGUGCAGUACAAAGCAUCGUAAGCGCAGCACGGUCCGCGCCUCUACACGGACUACUGCACUGUCUGCGUCGCGCCCUGCACUCAUUGAAUGCGCGAGCUAUAUCCGAAGAUGAACAAUGGAGAUCUUUAAUAAGCCAAGUGAUUGACACUUGUAUGGAGGUGACGGCCGCAGUGGCGAGCGUGGUGAACAACUCCUCGCCCGAAGGUCACCUGCCAAUGGAUGCUUCCGGUGUCUCAGUCACUGAUACUGGCAACUCUGGCGGCGUGAUGUUAGAGGAUGGACGGCCCGUGACAGCGCAAAUGGUGUUACUUUGCGCCUGGAGAUCCGUGAAAGAGGUGUCGCUCCUAUUGGGCACAAUAUCAUCACGCCUCACGGUGGAAGGCGAGGGAGGCAGCGGUGGCACGCUCUCGGCCGAACAGCUGCAAGCGUUGGGCGAGCACUUCACUUCUCUGCUAGCUCAUACUAAGCACAGGGGUGCUUUUGAACAAGCCUAUGUUGGCUUCACAAGACUACUAGCCAGACUAUGGCGCUGUCGCAGCGCCCGUUUGCAUGGACUGCCUGCAUCAUGGCUGCGGGGGUUACUGCAGUCGCUGGCGGCAGGAGGAGAUGGUGGAACUCUUUGUGCUACUCGACGCAGCGCUGGACUCCCUUUUAUGAUACAGGCAAUAGUAACUACAGAAAUAGAAGUGCAAAGUAACCCGAAGUGCUUCCACCAAUGCAUGAGAACGCUGCUCCGUCUUGCCUGUCCGCCAUCUCUUCCUCACAAAUACCAAGACGGCUAUACAAUCAAAUCAAGAAAUGCAACAGCUACAAAUAAUCAUGUUGACAGUGAUGAAAUAAUAGAAAUAAUUCCUGGUGAUGUGUCAAUAGAGACGAGAACGCAUAGUUUAAACAUUCUACGUGCUUUGUUUCGUAAUUCGGCGCUAGAGGAGAGCGUUGCUUCGUACGUGGGUACGGGAUUCAUUGUGGCACUCUCUGGAUUCGAUGGUGACACUUGGGCGGAACGCAACUCAUCGACGCUGGCCCUGAGUGCGCUAGUGUCCCGCGUGUUCGGCGUGGCGCGGCCGCGUACCUCCAAGAAGGCAGCCUCCCGCACCGACACUAUGACCGGUCGCAUCUUCUUCCUGCGAUACCCACGCCUCUACGACUUCAUGCUGGAAAAGCUAAAAGAGGCGAGUACAAGUGAGGAUAGUCAGCUCCGUCCAUCACUAUACCCGAUCCUACUGUUGCUAGCUCGCCUGUACCCGUCUUCACUUGAAGGCACAGUUUCCACCCUGAAGCUGGUGGCUUUCAUACCGCAUGUGCUCUCUUGUGCGAGGAGUAGCGUGCUGAAGAUCCGACAACUGGCUGCUAAGGCUAUGGUGCCACUUAUAUCGCCUGAACAAUACAUCCCGCAUCUGGAAAUGACGCUUACUAUAAUAACAGAUGUAAACAUAAAACGUAACUACUGCCAUGGAAUACUACUCCAAUUGGUGAGACUGUUCGCCUCUAAGCCGGAACGACUCUGCGAGGUGCAGAUAUCGUGCCUCUCACAACUCUUAAGGAAUACCCACUGGAUAUUAGAGCAAGCUGUGACGGAAAAUCCUUGUUAUUUGCUAGCUGAUGAAUAUGUGAAAAUGAUUAAUCUGGUGUUAUGGAGGUUUCCCACAUUACUCCAAAAAGAAAUUAUAUCUAACAUUGAAACUUCUCUAGAACAACUGUUAUUCACUAAACAAGUGCCCAUCAUUGAUUCCGGAAGAGACAUAUGUUUAGCCAACGCUUUAUAUCUUUACAUAAUUAUUUUACAUAAACAAAAUAUUAAUAAAAUCCCCGAUACGAUAUAUAAAGGGCUAUCUCACAAAUCUUAUGAAGUAAUAUUGUCUACAUUGAAUUAUUUGUUGAUUUUACACAAAAAUAUUGAAAAUGACAGCUGCAAAUUACAAGAGCAUUUAUAUUUAUUAGCUGAUGAUAGUGUAUUAAAAAAACUAAGAGAAAACCACAUGUAUAUAGAGACAUUAUGUGAAGUAUACAAGAAUAGCAAAUAUUUAGAAUGUAUACAGAAAACAUUGAAAGUGUUAACGUUAGAGAGAGAUACACAAAAACGUAUUAUAGAAAUUAAAAGUAAUAUUACAAACAUAUCAGAUGAAUGUACAAUAAAAAAAUUAAUCGAAUUUGUUCAAGAUGAACAUUAUAAUCUGAUUCAUAUUUAUUUGGAGUGUUUGUCGACUUUUGUAUCUAGAAAAAUAAAGGAGAGUGAUUUAAUUAGAGACACUAUAUUGAGCGUAAUAAGGGUGAUAUAUGCGUGUAGUUCAUCCGAUAACACUGAAGAUACGAGAAGCGUGGUUGUAGAUUUCCUCGAGAAAAAUCUAAGAGAGUUAUCAAAUUUGAAUUUAGACGGGAUGAGUGAUGAGGAUAAAUUCGAGUAUAAAGCGACUCUAUUAGCGACAACAGUAACUCUCCUUGAGGACGAUGAAGAAUCGCUGCGACAACGAACCUCAAACACAGUCCUACAAUUAGUUAACAAAGAAGUUGUCACCACUACAGUGAUACCUAGUAAAGCUGCUGAGCUGUUGAGAGAUUAUAUAGAGGAAUUCACUGAGCACAAUAUGGCUAUAUUCCUAGUGUUAGCCCUUUUGGAUUUUAAAUCUGAAGUGUGUUUAACGGACGAAAUUACAGAUGAGUGCCGUGUAUUCGACCAAAAUGAACGGUACAACAUAUUUUUAGAAGAAAGUAUCUUGACCAGUGAAUGUGGUGAUAAAAUUUUGCAACUGUGCGGUAAACAGAGUACCAGUGUAAUCAAGUAUAUACUGGCCAUUUUGGAUAAUAAUAUAUACAAAAGAACAUUCGAGAAUUUGUGCAAUAACCAUAUAGUUACAUUAAGAAAAAUAAUAGACGGUGAUUUGACGUAUAAAAACAGUACCACGAACCCUAAAAUAGAAUUGCUUUUAAAGAAAUUAAGUACCUAAAUU